AUGGGAAGUCUAGUCGAUAACAAGUUCACUUGGGAGAUUAACAAUGUCUCCUCUUUGACGUCGGAUCUACUCUUUUUGCAUUAUUUUCUGAUCGAUGAAUGUAGCUGGCGUGUGGUGGCACAAUCCAAUGAAAAUAACUUUAAAGAAUCUUUAUUUGUAUCUCUGAUUGUUGCAGAGGACUCUGCUCAAAAAUUGGGUUUUGGAUGGAGUAGAUACGCAAAAAUUGUAGUUACUUUAAUCAAUCAACAUUCUGAAAAUCUCUCCCAAUGUAUAGAAACCUUGUUUAAUCAUAGGGCUUCGGUGUUUAGGUGUGGGUUUAUUGUGAAUGGAGGAAUCAAGAUUGUUGUGGAUUUCCUUGAAAUUAUCGAUAAAUUAGUGGUAGCUAAAGAGUCGUCAGACCAGCCUUUCAAAAAGACAAAGCUAAACGAUGAUGGUGGGGAUGAAGUGUCUAAAGAUUUGAUUAGGGAGACUACUCCACUAAUGGGAAGCAUAGAUGUUAAUGGGUGUCAAGUUGUUCCUUCACGGGUGAGUUAUUAUGAACAUAUCUUUGAUAAACAUCCAGACUUUGCGUUGGAGUUUCGUCCAAAGAACUCGAUAUCGAAGACAGCGUACAUGAAUGUCCUACUCAGCCUGACAGACACUUUGCACAGGUUGCCUCGAGAAAUCUCACAGGAUGAUCUCUCUGGUGCAUAUGAUUCACUCAGAUCCAUGAAAGAGGCUGGCUUUAGGUUGGAUUGGUUGGAGAAGAGACUGAUUGAGGUGUCAGAAAAGAAGGAGAAAGCAGAAGCUUAUGAGUGUCGAAUGCAGGAAAUUGAGGAAGAGUUGAAGGAUUUGAAGGCAAAAGUCUUGGACGCAGGAGCUCCUCUAACAUUUGAUGAUGUUUUCUAGAUGACUUUGGUGCCUUUUGUAUGUUUCUCAUAACUCUAGGUUUUCAAAUUAGAUCCCUCUUCAAAACUAGGAAAAUUAGACUCUUAAGCGCACCUCCAACGGAGGGUCCAAGUGGUGGAUCCAAAGUUAAAUGGUCUAAAAAUUAAA